AUAUACGGCGGGGCACUUACUAUUGGAUCAGUAUUUCAAAAAUUUUAUAACGGAAGUGUUUUGGCCACCAAUGAUGUGGUCAUUGUUUCCGUUAACUAUAGGGUCGGACAGUUAGGCUUUUUAUAUGGUGGCGAUCAGACAGCACCCGGUAAUCUGGGGUUUUAUGACCAACUUUUAGGAUUGAAAUGGGUUCGAGAAAAUAUUCAUCAAUUCGGUGGAGACAAGGAUCAGAUCACUAUAUUUGGUGAGAGCGCCGGUAGUUGGUCCACAUCGGCACACCUACUCUCACCCCUAUCUAAAGGUCUCUUUAAGAGGGCUAUAGUCCAGAGCGGGGCUGAAAUGUUUCAUAAGGAUAGACCAGUUUUGGGAACUGUAGAGGCGUUGAGUAAAGCCAAGGAAACGGCCCGCAAAUUGGGUUGUGAUCCGUAUGAACACAAAUGGUUGGACUGUUUGCGAACCAUUGAGGACCCGAACCUAUUUCUGGAGCCGACUGAGGCUGAAGUUGCUUUUGGUGUCACGUGGCCUGUGUUUGGCACUGAAUUCCUACCCGUUUUACCACAAAAGGCUUUUCAAACUAAUGAAUAUAAUUCCGAUGUGGACGUGAUGGCCGGUGCGACCAAAGACGAGGGUCAAAAUCUAGCAAUGAUGCUGUUCCCACAAUUGAGGGCUGAUUUCAAUAUAAAGAAAUUUCACGCAUUAAUAGAACUCCAGAGAGAGAUCUACCAUAACAUAGACGUCCAGAAAGUAUCCGAUUAUUACCUCCAAAAUAGAGACCUUGAAAAUCCGCAUGACUUACAACGAGCUUUCGGGGAACUGUAUGGCGAUUUGUUGAUGGUGUGCCCCACCUAUGGGUUUGCCAAGAGAUUUGCCAAAAGUGGUCGAGACACAAAUCUGUUUGCAAUGUUUGGUUGCGAUGAACACACCAUAUGUCACGGCGCAGACAUCGCCUAUGUUUUUGGUGAACCCGUUAGGACUCCCAAAAUGUUUACGGAAACGGAUUAUGAUUUCAGUUUAGAUAUCAUGAAGAUAUGGACUAAUUUUGCAAAAAACAUAAAAGCACACAAUGUUUGGCCGAAACUAAUAGACAUUUCGGACGCGAAUUCAGUGCCAAAAGUGAAAGACUUGAAUCCCAACGAUAUGUCACUUGUUUUGGACAAUCCUUACGGAGAUAUUUGUGAUGGACUUUGGAGCGAAUACCUUGGUGAAAAUAAAUAAACAUAAAAGGAUAUACAUUUACUUAAAAAUAAUUAAUGC